GUCAAACUACAAGAAAAUGGCGGCGUUCGGAAUACAUUUCGGCACGUGUUCUGCUUGCCUUGCCGUUUACAAGGAAGGACAAACUGAUGUUAUAGCUAAUGAUUUAGGAGAUCGAGUAACACCAUGUGUUGUAGCUUUUACAGACUAUGAACAGUCUGUGGGAGCUGCUGCAAAACAAGGAAUUAUACGAAAUGCUAAUAAUUCAAUCUGUCAUGUUAAACAAGUUAUUGGACGAGAUUUUAAUGAUGCAUUGGUUCAAGAUUAUAUAUCGAUAUGGCCAGUAACUGUGACCAAUAAAGAUGGCUUCUGUCAGUUUGAUGUUGAUUUUAAAGGAAAACCAGCAUCUUUCAGCCCGGUAGAAAUAGCUUCUAAUAUUUAUUCCAAGAUGUUAGAAACGGCUGAAAGUCAUGGAGGACGGGGUAUUAAAGAUGCUGUCCUGGCUGUUCCAUCAAACUUUACUCCCAAACAAAAAGAACUUAUAAGUGAAUCAGCUGUUAAAGCCGGAUUUAAUGUUUUACGAUUGAUCAAUGAACCUGCCGCUGCUGCCUUGGCGUACGAUCUAGGUCAAGAGAAUCAUAACGAAGAAAGUUGUGUUCUGGUAUUAAGAUUAGGAGGUACGUCCACGGAUGCGACAAUUCUCCAGGUGAAUCGUGGGAUUUAUCAGGUGGUCAGUUCCGUCACAUUAGAGAAAUAUGGUGGAGAGAAUUUUACAGAUGUUUUAACAGAAAAUUUAGUCUCAGAAUUUAAAAGACAAGCUAAAUGUGAUAUUAGAGAUAACAGACGAUCUAUGACGAAAUUACGACUAGCUGCGGAGAUGUGUAAACACACGUUAUCUACGUUACCUAAUGCUCAGUGUGCUGUAGAUUCUCUUUACGAUGGUAUUGACUUUCAUUACAACGUAUCCAGGGGUAGAUUUGAGAUAUUAUGUAAUAAUUUAUUACAACAGUGUGUACAGUUGAUAGAACAGAUUCUACGAGAAACCAAACUAACAAAAUCAGACAUUAAUAAGGUGAUAUUAUGUGGCGGUGGAGCUAAUGUCCCUAUUUUACAGACAUGA